UGACGUCAACACACUUCCGCUUCGUCGGUGUAUACACACUGUCUGAUAUGAAAACAUGGCAGUGACAAUGAGCCAAGCCGAUGUGCAAAUACAGCCAAAGGAAGAGGGAGAGGACCAUGAUCGACCAAUGCCCAGAUCUGAUAGUGGUAGUGGAGACGAUUCAAUGGAUGGUCUGGUGAAACACAGAUGCCCUCCAACGCCCUCACUCUCCCCACAGAAGCGGACCACGAGUCAGAGUAAAACGGAACCACCUCUCUUAUGGACCAACAAGAGGACCAUUUACACAGCGGGCCGUCCACCCUGGUACAACGUCACUGGGACCACUUUCAAGGAGGCAUUCGUCAUAGGUCUCUGUGGCGGCAGUGCCUCUGGGAAAACCACUGUGGCCAAUAAGAUCAUUGAAGCCCUGGAUGUACCGUGGGUAGUUCUCCUGUCCAUGGACUCCUUCUACAAGGUGUUGACCAAAGACGAACAGGAGCUUGCGGCCAGGAACGAGUACAACUUUGACCACCCAGAUGCCUUCGACUUCGAGCUGCUGGUGAACGUGCUAAAGAAACUGAAGAAGGGCAAAAGCGUUAAGGUGCCAGUCUAUGACUUCACCAAUCACAGCCGCCGCAAGGAGUGGAAAACUGUGUACGGGGCCAAUGUUGUCAUAUUUGAAGGGAUCCUGGCGUUGGCUAACAAGGAUCUGUUGAAGCUGCUAGACAUGAAGGUGUUUGUUGACACUGAUUCAGACAUUCGCCUGGUACGGCGUCUCAAGAGGGACAUUUCGGAGCGGGGUCGUGACAUCACUGGUGUCAUCAAGCAGUACAAUAAGUUUGUCAAGCCGUCAUUUGAGCAAUACAUCGAGCCCUCCGUGCAGGUGGCAGACAUUGUUGUUCCCAGAGGGGGUGAGAACUUUGUUGCACUGGAUUUAAUUGUACAGCAUGUGCACAGUCAACUGGAAAAGAGGAAGCAGCGUGGGGAUAUGUCAGCCCUGGCCACUGCCCAUCAAGGCCAGCCACUACCCAAGACCCUCACAGUGCUGGAGAACACGCCGCAGGUCCGCGGGAUGCACACCAUCAUCAGGAAUAAGGACACGAACCGGGAUGAAUUCAUUUUCUACUCCAAGAGAUUAAUGAGGCUGCUGAUUGAGAGAGCUCUCUCCUUCCUGCCUCUCAAGCCUGUGUCUGUGGAGACGCCUCAAGGAUCCAUCUAUGAGGGGAAGCGGCUCAGUGGCAAAAGGAUCAGCGGUGUGUCCAUUUUGCGAGCGGGGGAGACCAUGGAGCAGGCCCUGAUGGCUGUCUGUAAAGACAUUCGUCUGGGGAAGAUCCUCAUCCAAACCAACCACGACACUGGAGAGCCUGAGCUUCAUUACCUGCGCCUGCCUAAGGACAUCAGUGAGGACUAUGUGAUCCUGAUGGACAGCACCGUGUCCACUGGGGCUGCCGCCAUGAUGGCCGUGAGAGUGCUUCUGGACCAUGACGUCCAGGAAGACAAGAUCUUCCUGCUGUCCCUCCUCAUGGCUGAGAUGGGUGUCCACUCGGUGGCCUAUGCCUUCCCCAAGGUGCGCAUCAUCACCACGGCCGUGGACAAGAGGGUCAACGACCACUUCCACAUUAUCCCAGGAAUAGGUAAUUUUGGGGACCGCUACUUCGGGACCGACGCCCCUUCGGACUGGUAUGAGAGCGAUGAGGGGAUGGACUACUGAAUGUCGUGAGGGUGGACAGAGAGGGUGUGAGGGGGGAGGCACACAUUGAGCACGUACCUAUACUCAAUGUAUACUCACAAACCCCAUCAACACCCAGCCCUCCAAUCCUCCAACCUGCUCUCACCUCUCUGUCAGUCAUUCUCUGCCAUGCCAGGCUCUGCUGCUAUACCCACACCUCCCGAGGCUCAGUGUCCCCUCUCAUCACAAGGCCAGAGCUCAUCCUGACUCCCAUCGCCAAUCAGAAGCAUUCGACAGGGGUCCACUCUGCAGAUGAAGACGACUUCAGUGGGCUCCGAUCAGAACAGUUAAUAUCUUUUCCCUGACGAUGGUGGUAGAUGGAACAGAAUGGAGGGUAUUUGAUAGUCGUGAUAUGUUGACCUAUAGAUGUUCCUUCUGAUCUUUUAGGGAAAGGAUGUGAUUGGUAGUAUUAUGGCAUAGAAUGCUCUACGUGAUGGCUCGGGUACGACAUUGAGAGGCGUGCAGGUGUGAGCUCCAAAAGUGCUUGAAUUUCACAAGUGAAAAGAAGUUGUUACAGCUUGAUUCUCAAUUCCUUUUUAGAAAGUAUAUCUUUUCAUUAUGCUCAAGGGUGAUGUCCUUGUGAUUCGUUUAUGUAGACAUUAAGUCUUAACUGAAGUUGUAAGUGAGUGACAAUGUUUUUUUUUUUUUUUAAUGAAAAGGUCUUGUUGAAAGGGGAUAGCCUGUUAUUUUAGUAUCAAAGGGAAUCAAUUCAGGAAAGUAUCUCGUCCGAAGGAUAACUUUUUUUCCCUCCUCCUUUUUGAUAUGUAUUUCAGCUGUGGCAAAUGUAUUUCAGGUAUGGAAACACUUCUGGAUUCAAUUUUUCAGCCAUUUUAUUCUUGAUUACCUACUUGAAUGAUACUUUUGUUUUGUAAAUUAUAUUGUUGUGUGUAUUUAAUGUUGUCCAGGCGAAAAUCUUUCUUUGGUUUUAAAAGUCUAAUGAACCCCGCCCCCAUCACAUUCAUGUGGCAAUUCACCAGAGUUAUUUGUUUUAUAUGUUCAAGCCUGCAGUGUAGUUGAGACUUUAUUAAAUAUGUCUUCACAAAGCGUCCAGGCUAGAAUGGAAUUGUGUGACUGAAUUACCCCAUUCAUUUCCAAUAAAUCGAUCUGGAAUCUCGGAAUAAGGAAUUGUGCAAGGAAUGCAUUUCCUCCUUUUCACACUGGUGAAAGGUCAAAGGGCAUCAUGCAUCUUCUCACUGACAUACUUGCCUUUAUGUGAAGCAGAUGUGUAGGAGAGUGAAGUUAAGUUCAGCAUAUUGUGGCUGCAGAAAAAAAAAGGGGGUGAAAAGAUCACAUGGUUAGUUUCUCAAAUUAGUUAAAUGCUACAUUAUAACAUGUUCACAAGGAUGUUUCAGUAUGUUGACAUGCAGGUUACUACAUUUGUGAUGUACUGUCUACACGAUUGAAUCCGUUUUUUUAUUUAUUUAUUUUUUACCACCAUAAUGGUUGUAUCAGAAAGGACAUCUGCUGCAUACUAAAAUAUUACGGAUUGGUCUAAGCGAUAUUUAAAGUUAAAAUUGCUACAAAUGGAGAUAUUUUACAACCCUGAGCACUGGGAGUGUGAAGAAUUCACACUAUAUAUUCAACAAAAUGAAUACCCAGUUAAUCCAUUUAGCACACUUCUGAAAUUUGUCAGGAAAUCCCUAUUUUUUGCUCUUCAACAUUUUUUGCCAAUUUGUUCUGUACAAUGCCAAAAAAGUUUACAAUUUCGCUCGCUUUGAGCACAAAGCAUACGUCUGUAUUUGCUUUGCCAGUUUUAUGCCUGCAAGAAAAAAAUAUCUGCUUUCAUGCCCGAAUGUAAGGGGUUGUAGAAAAUGCUUGCCUUUUUAAAUGCAAUGUAUUUCCUUUUUGGUAUUUUACCAUAGCUUGAUGCUUUUGAGAAUGAAUGAAGGCCCCAAUCAAUCUCAAUCUUUCAUUACACUAAUAGACCCUGACAAUCUUGGGCAACCCACUUAGCAUGUAUAGAAAUAAUGAUAAUAAAAAAAUAUAUAUUUCUGGUCAUGUGUUUAUUUAAGCAGGCUACCCCUUUGUUGCAAAAGUAGAAGGGCGUUUGUAUGAACCUGUAAGUAUGUUGGCAAAAGAGCACCUACAGUGUACACAAAAUAUGUGUUACAGCGUGUUACUAUGUCCAAAUGAUCUACAAGCCAUUCUGUUAUAAACUGUCUGAAUGCAACAGGUCAUUCCAUGGUAAACAAUAAACGUUCAUAUCCUAUGAAAAAAGUACAAUAAAGGAAAUUUAAACUUGA